CUCAUGUCCGUGGAUCCAGAGCUGGCCGCCGUUCCAAGUGAGGCUGAUGAGGGUAACACAACCUCGCCGUUGUACCUGGCCAUUUCAUUGGGCAAGGAGGACAUUGCAGAGCAUCUAAUCCAGAAAACCAACGGCAAACUAUCGUGCUCCGGACCAGACGGGCGAAACGUUUUGCAUGCAGCUGUAACUCGCAGCAAAGCGCUUCCAAUGCUUUUGAAAUUGUUCAAGGACGUUACGGUCCAAGUGCAACAAGGGGAAGGGGCCAGACGAAUGAGCACUGUUCCCCUUCUCUCUCAGCUCACUAUGCAACGGGACAUUGACGGGAGCACCCCUCUUCACUUGGCUGCAUCAACGGAUUGGUGGCCUGAAGUGUCGUUCGUCUCCGAAAGGUUCAAACACAUUUGGCCACGGUCAAAAUCUACAACCACACUGCUACUAGAUGCCAACAUUUGUUCGGCGUAUCAACCGGACAAUGAAGGGUUGUAUCCCAUACAUAUUGCCGCCUUGGCUGAUAACCUUGACGUCACCAAAAUCUUGCUUCAGAGGUGUCCGGAUUGUGCCAAUCUGCAAGAUAGCAAAGGAAGAACAUUCCUCCAUGUUGCUACCCAGCCAGGGAUUUAUAAAGUGGCUCGCAAUGCCUGCGCAGAGCCAGAACUUUUAACGAUCCUAAAUGUGCGUGACAACAACGGGGACACCGCGCUUCACCAUGCAGUCCAUGAGGGAAAUCUGGCAGCCUUUAGCUGUCUGAUUCAGAAUCCCAAGGUGGAUCUCAGUAUAGCAAAUAAGGAUGAGCUGACACCUCUCCAUCUUUCAUGGGUUAAGAUACCUCAAGGUUUACAUUAUCUAACGCAUCCAAGAGUUUUAAUAUCGAGGACAUUACUAUUGGUGGGAGCUCCAGCUGGGGGAAGUCGUUCUGACCUCUUCCGUGAAAAAUAUUUUGGAGAAAUAGACGUGGAAAAGAAGUCGAAGGAUUUGGCAAAAACAACACAGGCCAUGGGCAUUGUAUCUGUGCUUAUUGCGACGGUGACAUUUGCAUCAGCUUUCACACUGCCUGGAGGUUAUUAUCAAUCAUCGAGCGACGGUGGUGUGCCUGGGACGCCAAUUCUCGCUGGGAGCUAUGCGUUCAAUGCGUUCAUUCUCGCCGAUGCUUUGGCAUUCAUCUGUUCAUGUUUGGCUACCUUCAGCCUGGUCUUUGCCGGGGUGCCUGCCAUGGGGCUCUCUGCACGCUACAGGCAUACCUGGAUUUCUACGAUGUUGCUGCAUGCUUCAGGAGCAAGCUUAAUGGCCUCCUUUGCCUUGGGGUUAUACCUGGUGCUGGCACCAAUUGCUCAUGCCAUAGCGAUCACGGUUUGUGUGAUUAGUUCUGGAGCUUUGGUCUUUGGAAACCUGGAAGGUUGGCGGAUGCUCUGCGUGUUAAACACGGCCCGUGCCAGGUUAGGAACACGAAGACUGCUUGCAACAUGGUGGAAUUUAGCUCCAGUCGCCUGUUUUUCUGCGUUUUCCCCCUUCGUGAUCUUGAUAGUAAUAUUCGAUCUCAUAGCACUAUUCGCUAUUUUCAAGACUCUCUCCAAUCUCCUAGCCAGGGGUGGAUCCAAAGGGUAGGCAAGGUGGGCCAUCGUCCCACCUUAAUUUUUGGAAGCCAGGAGUGUACUGCAAAAUUGAGAAAAAAUUUAACAGUAGGUGGGGCGAAACAGGAGUUUGAUCCACUUUGGCCAUCUUCUCCUCCCUUCUUCACCCAAUCCAGAUUCUCGUCUUGCGUCCGCCACUACUAGCAAUAUUGGGGAAAGUGAAAUAGCUGGAUUUAUUUUGCUAAGCUUAUUCAUUGUAGUCAUGGGUCCCCCAUUUAUUCAAUUGAUGGUACAGAGAUGGAAAUUGUAAAA